AUGAUAAAUUCCAUUUAUGUCCAGGCUCCAAAUUGCAAAACUAUCUUGGUAAUGAAUUUUUCAAUUAAUAAUUGCUCUUUUCAGGAUAGUGAUUUUAUUAGAUUUGGUUCAUCUUCAACAAUUUAAAACCUAGAACUUUUUAAUUGUUUGAUGAAGAAUUUUAUUCUGAUUCAUAAAAUAAAAACAAUAUAAUCUGUUAUUUCUGGUACUUAAGAGGGAUACAUCUUUUAAAAAUUCAAAAUUUAUGAUUCUCUAUAUUAAUAAAGUGUUUUAGUAGAAAUCCCAUAAUAUGGUCUUGAAGAAAUAAGUUUAUCUUUAAUUGGCAUCUAAUUAUAUUAAUUAAAGUCACUAGAUCCCGUAGGAGAUCGAAAAUAUUAUUUGUUUGCAAUAUCGGCAACAUUUUUUAAUGCAUUUGAUAUUACAUUAAUUAGAUCUCCUGGUUGUAAAGAAUUUUCAAUUGUAAAAGCAUAUACUGUUAUUAUUUCUAAUUUAAAUAUAACCUCCUCUCUUAAAUAGUAACCUUUUUAUUUUGGUAAACUUAAAGAGGAAUCUCUAAAUUAAGUUUUAUAUGUUGAAGCAUAGAUAAUUGAGUUGAGUGAUAUUUUUAUAUAUAACUAAUUAGGUGUUGAUGUUAAAUUUUUAGAUCUAAACUUAAUUUAAAUAUUUUCAAAUCAAUAGGGAAAUUUAAAAUUAGAUAAUUUCUUAUUUACAAACUUACAAUUGAUUAAAACUAUAUUUUCAGAUAUAUCAACUGUUUUGUUUAUUUCUAGUACUGUACCACAUAAUAUAACAUUUUCAAAUUCAAUAUUUUAAGGAAUAUCUUUAAAUGAAUUAGUGCAAGAUACUAAAAUUUCUUCGGCAGCUUUAGCAGUUUUUUAAUCAGAAUUAAGUAAAGUCAGAUUUAUUAAUAAUUUUAUAAUAGAUGUUAUAGUUUUAAAUUCAAGUAAUUCAAUACUUUUAAUUUAAGUAUUAUAAUUAGAAAUUUUUAAUUUAACAAGCAUAAAUGUAAACAAUUUUUAAAGCUAUCUUGAAAAAUAUAGAGAUGAAUAAUUUAUUAUUAUUGACUAUUAAGAUUCUCCAUCAAUAAAUUCUUUAGGCGGAUUAAUAAAUUUUUAAAUCCAGAAUCUACUUAUAUUAAAUUCUUAUUUUAUUAAUUCAACAGGAUUAUAGGGAGGUGUAUUAAGUAUUACUACUAAAUAGAAUGGGUUAAUAAAUAUAACAAAUUGUAAUUUUAUAAAUCAAUCUACAAGUAUUAGUAAUUCAUAGGAUGGAAAAGGUGGUAGUAUUUUAAUUAAUUCAGAAAAUUCAUAUUUAAAUCUUUUUGUCAGUGAUACAAAUUUUAUUAAUUCCAAAAGUGGCUUUAUUGGAGGGGUAAUUUAUUUUAAACCAUCAUUUUAUUAAGUUGCUAUAUCUCUUAAUAAUUUAUUUUUGAAAGAUGUAUAUGCAAUUUAUAAUUCAGCAUUUUCAUUUUAAAUGAGUGAACUUAAUGCUAGAUCUGUAUCUUUUAUAUCAAUUAAAAAUGUUAAUGUUGAAAACAACUUUUUGGAAUUUUUAGCUUACUUAAGUUAAUUUAAUUUAGAUAUAAAUAAUUAUUAAAUAAACUAAGAUUCAGCAGUAUUUGGUUUAAAAGAUUGGUAAAUUUAAUAUAUAAUUUAAUAGUUAAGUCUUAUUAGAUAACUCUUAAUUUAAUGGAUUUACGUUUCAACCAAUUUUUUAUUUCAAAUUUGUUAAGAGAAUUUUAAUAAAUAAUUUGAUUUUAUAAAAUAUAACCUAUCUAUCUUCUAAAUUAAUUUAUUUUGAAAAUGAAUAAGGUAUAAUUAAAAAUAAAAUUUAGGUUUGAAAUCAACUCUUUUAGUAAAAAUGUUGCAAAUAAGAGAUUGUUCAACAUAUGAAAAAGAUUUAUAAAUAUCUGAUAAGAAAUACUCUUAAGAUUUAAAAAACUUAAAUAAUUAUCUGUAAUCAUUGAUUUAAGGAGACAAAUUAAAUACUCUUAUUCAAAUGAAUUUGUAUUAAAACAUCUCAUAAGCACAUGUUAAAUAAUUGAAUCUUAUAUAAAAUAAUUGCACUAUUUGUAAUAGUGGAAUAUUCUAUUUAAAUGAUGAUCAAAGCAAUUCAAGUUUGAGAUUAUUAGGAUUAAGUUUUUUAUACAAUUUUUGUGGUUUAGAUUCAUGUUUUUUAGCUAAAUCACAAGAUAAUUAAAAGUAUAUUUUAUUGUCAAAAUCUAAAUUCAUUAAUAAUAAAGCCUAAAUUGGAGGAGCAAUAAGAUCUGAUAAUUAUGGUUUUUUAAUUAAAUAAUGUAUAUUUAUUUAGAAUGAAGCUAAAAGUAAAGGAGGGGCUAUUUAUUAUUAAAACAAAAAAUAAAAUCUUAAGAUUUUUGAUGUAUAUUUUUACUCCAAUAAAGCUUAAAUUGGAGGAGCUAUUUAUGAUCAAAAUCUAUAUAAUAAUAAUUCAAUCUAAUUUUAUUUUAUAGGGAAUAAUGCUUCAUUAUAUGGCAAUAACAUAGCCACUUAAGCUAAUGUGUUAUAAUUAUUAAUUAAUGAUGUUCCAUAAAUUAGUAAAACUAAAUAUUAAGAUAAUUAAACAAUAAAUGAAAUCUUUUUUAUUAACAAAUCAAAACCAACAAAGUUUUUUUAUUUUCCAAGUGGUUCAGAUUUAAAUAGAUAUUAAAAGUUUAAUAAAAGUAGUACAUCUUUUUAAAAACUAUUAUUUGAUAUAUCAAUAAAAGCAUACAAUUUUCAGAUUGAAUAAAUGAUUGAAUAAAAAAAUACAAAUUGUUCUUUUAAUUCUUAACUUGUAUAAAAUAUGGGAAAUUAAGAAUAAGAUAUAAAUAAAUCAGCUAUCGCAUAAGUAAUUUAUGAUGAUUCAAAAUAUUUAUAUAAUUUAAAUCACCUUUCUUUUACUUUAGAUCCUUAUUUAGAAUAAAAUUAUUAUCUUAAAACUGAUGUUUAAUGUGAUAGUGUUAAUUUUACAAAUUAUUUUUUAAGAUUUUAUAGUAAAUCUUUUAAGUGUUAGAUUGGAGAAUACUUUUAAGAUAAACAAUGUCUAAAAUGUGAUAGCAAUCAAGGAUAUUAUUCUGUUGAAUACAAGGCAAUAUAAUGUCAAAGAAUGAAUAUUCAAAUGAUUAAAAGUACAACUGGAGCUUUAAUUGAAUUAUAACCUGGAUAUUGGAGACCAACUUUAAGAUCAAAUAAAAUUGAAUAAUGUAAAACUUAUCCAAAUAGAUGUUUGGGUAGUUGGUCAGUAUCUGAUCAAUCAUGUGAUAUUGGUGCUAUAGGAGCUUUAUGUGAAUAAUGCGAUAUUUAUAAUAUUAGAGGUCAUGGCUCAUUUUUAAAUAAUAAAGUAUAAAAUUGUUAAGAAUGUGGUGGAUUGAGUUAUCAAUUCAUUUUUAUGAUUCUUGAAACUUUUUGGAUUGUUUUGUUAAUUGGAUUGACCAUCAAAAGUAAUAGCUUUUCAAAUAAAUAACUGUUUAAAUUAAAAUGUCUUUAUAAACACUUUGGAACUAUUCAUAAAUAAAUGAUUGAUUAAACGAGUACUUUAAUUAAAUUGGCUAAUAAUAACUUUUAGAUUUUAUCAUUGAUUGAUACUUUUUAAAUUUCUAUAUUUUCUAAUUUAACCAAUGUUGUUUUAUUUUUUGGUGAUUCCACAUAUAUGGUUACAUAUUAACUAGAUUGUGCAAUUCCAUAUAUUACUAAUAUUAAUUACGAAUAUGCACAUUUUAUAUUAAUGCUAUUAUUACCAUUAUUCCAUUUUGCUUUAGGAUGCUUUAUAUUUUUUUUAUUAUUAUUAAGGAAAAAAGUUAUUUUUUCAAAAUCGUAAAUUUACUGUGCCAUAAUUUAUUUGUAUUGUUUAAAUUAAUAAAACAUUGUUAAAUGGUAAUAUUAUUAUAAUAAUUAUAAUUAGGGGUGUCUCAUUAAUAACAAAAAGAUCACUUUCAGGUAUUGAUUGGAUUCAAGCUAAUGUAGAAAAUAAAUAUGAUACUCAAGUUCAUUAAGAUUGGUCUAUUAGAUUCAUUUAUCCUAUUUUAAUUAUUUAUGGUAUUAUUAUUCCUUUAUUUUUGUAUUUGCAAUUAACAAAAAUAAAAGAUUGUCUUGAUGAAAAAAAUUCAAGAUUAAAAUAUUCAUAUUUAUAUAAUGAAUAUAAUUAAGAAUCUUAUUAUUGGGAAAUAAUUAAAAUGCUCUAAAAACUAUCUAUUAUACUUAUUGUAAACUACUAUGAAUAAUUCAUUUUAGUAAAAGGAAUCAUUAUAAUUUUAAUCAUAUUGACUUAUUAUAAACUUUGCUAAUAAUUUUAACCCUAUAAAUUAUAAUCAUUAAGUAUUAUUGAUGUUAAAACAUCAUUUUUAUUAUCUGUAACAAUGUUACUUGGUCUAUUACUAUAUGUUGUCUAAUAAGAAAAUAUAAUGUAUCUUAAUUACUUGAUUCAAAUGAUUAUGAUUUUCCUUAUUUUAGCUUUAGCAGAGGCUCUUUUACAUAGAAUUUUUAUUGCUUAUAUCUCUAAAUUAAAUUUACAAUUAGAUUUCAUUAGAAAAAUUAUUAUCAGGAGAUUUCCAAACAUUACUUAACAAAUUAAAUUUCUUAAACCAUAUCUUUUAUUAAGAAAAGAUUAAGAACAAAGAAUAUAAUUAAGAUUUAGAAAAAUCAAACAAUAUUUGAAAUCUUAAUCUAAAUUGACAAAUAACAAACAAAUUGUUUUGAGUUUCAAAGAAUCUAGUUUAAUUGUCUCAAAUCCUUUAUCAUAAAAUACUACUCGCCCAUUUAUAAAUACAGAGAGAAACUAGAACACCAAAAUUUUAGACUGA